AUUUGCAAAUUAAUUUUCUUGUCCAUAAUUUUGAUCUGUAGCUUGGUUGGAAAUGUUCUUAUCAUAACUGUGGUUAGUUUGAGACCAGAGUUAAGGAAGACGAUAAACAUUUUUAUAGUUAACAUGGCGGUUUCUGAUCUCAUUUUCCCGUUGGUGUCUAUCCCAUUUAGUUUGGCUGGAAUCGCGGCAAAUUCUCUACAAUGGCCCAUCAGAGGUUUACCUGGUUCGAUCUCUUGCAAGCUUAGUCUAUUUGUGACGCCUGUCUCAGUAACCGUUUCUGUACAAAGUCUUCUCUGGAUUGCAAUGGAUCGAUUUGUGGCGGUCGUGUUGCCACUGAAAGCGAAUCUUAUUUCGUCAAGAUUUCGUGCAUUUGCAAUCGCGUGCACUUGGGUUGUGGCAGUGUUAAUCAGCUCAACAGAUUUGUACACCACUAAGUUCGUGGAAGUUGGUGGAAAGUUUUACUGCAUAAGAGAAGAUUCGCUGAUACACAAAACUUUUGGAUAUGGGCGUGUUGUCCUUUUAGCAAUAGCUCCAUUGCUUUUAGUUACCAUUUUGUACUUUGCAAUAGCAGCGAACUUGCGAAGGCAAAACAAAACUCUUCGAUGUACAGCAGUAAAAGAGCAUAGUCAAAGGAAAACCAAAGCUAUAUGGAUGAGCCUUUGCAUCAUAGUUACGUUUAACCUAUGCGCUCUUGUCUACACCACUCUGACAAUAGUUAGUCUUCAAAGUGAAAUUCCAAUAACCUGUCUUGUUUAUAAUGUUUUGUGGUUUUUCGCUCUUCUUGGUUUGUACUUUUCUUCAGUCGUAAAUCCAUUCAUUUGUUUUACAUUUGUUAAAAGCUAUCGGCGUGGAGUGAGGGAAAUAUUUACUUGGAGAAAUUACGGUAGGGGCUCGAGAAGAUCUAGAAAAUAAUAAACAUGGCAGUUAAAGGAAAGGACAAGGGGAUUUACCGUCAAACGGAUGAACUGAAACUUCCAUAAGCAGGCAACUCUCUGUUUAUGGAUAGUUCUCUUGGACUAUAUGGUGCCAUUACUUUUAUCAUGUCCUAUUUUCCUUCUCUUUGUCAACCGAAAAGAAAGAUAGCGAUCAUUUUAAAUGAAAGUCACAAUAAUGAUGAUGAAUCACGUUGAUUAUUAUUAUAAUUAUUAAUUAAGGGGUAGCACACAACUUAAAAAUUCUGAUUGAUAAAGAUAUAGGUUUGUUAAUUUCAAACUCGUACUUCAACCACUCGUUUGAAGCGUGAAACUGUGGGCUGACAUUAUAGCCAUUAUGUGCCAAGAAAAUCGUAAAAGCGGUGAACACAGUCUGUAUUUCGCCCUGGAUAUGCUCUUCUUGCAUAUGCAUAAGUUCAGAAUCUCCACACCUUAAUUUUGAUGAAGGGCUAGUUUCUUAGACUUCCCAUUCAUACGGCGCAGAACUCAAAUUGAAAUUAUUAGAGGAAAGUAUUUAUAUCUUAAACGAUUUUUCUUUUUCUGUGGGAAGAAUCCGCGCGACUACUGAAUUCUAAUCAAAAAGUAGGCCGGUUUUUUAUUUCUGGUGAUGGUGAUUACGUAAAACGAAUAGAUGCCAAAAACAACAGCAUCAUAUAUAAUGUAGUGAACUUGUUGAUUCAUACUGGAUAUUUAUAUGAUGGUUCUAAACCAUUUUUUCAUUUAUUUAGUCAGUGUGGCGACUUGUAGCCGCAUCACGCAUCGUUAUCGCUGUUAUGAUGGCUUACUACUUACAUCAUAAAGAUUCUUGAAUAGCUAGGAGCUGUGUUUAAUAGAGGUGAUUCCUAUCAGCCGAGGAGCUGAUUAUAAUAAUAUACUGAUAAAAAAAUGACAAUUAUGAGAUUUUAGCCGAGAGACUAUCUCACCAGAAGGUGCUCUCAGUAGGGCCCCAAUUAACAUUUUAAUUACUACUUUAUGCUUUGCGAUAUCCUAUUGUGCUUUAUUCUUUGUCUUUGUCAUUUGUUUUCUUCAUAAAGCAAAAAUUAUAAACAAAGUAAGACAAAAAGAAAAAAAAAGAAACAAACAAACAAAAACAAACGAAAAACUGAGAUUCCGGCUGUCAUGACGACCAUGGCAAGUAUUUAAAGAUGAUUUUCCGUAGCUUCCUGUAAUCAGAUUUUGAAAUAAAUGAUAAAAUGAAGAAAUUAUUAAGUUUAUCAAUAAAAAGGUAAAUCAAUCGAUGAAAAAUAAACUAAAUAAUGCUUCAUAAAUCUUUCUUGCCCUUGUUCGGCACGCUUGAGGUAAGAACUUGCUUGCAAAGUGGUUAUUAUUAAUACAUUAUAGAUUCAUACCCUACAAAAAAUACAGCUGUAAACUCCAAAAAAUAAUAAGUGCUCAUAAUAUUUAUGUGGGGAUGCGGUGAUCGAUGUCUGUUUUUAGGCCAAAAAUGCAAUUUUCAUCCGAUUUGAAAUUCCUCGUCCUCGACAUACGGAAAGAGUCAAGAGAAUUUGUUCCAUACCACAGGGUUUCGUUAUACUGAGAUACUCAGUUUACCAAUAUACUAUUCUGCCAAGCCAAAAAUAUUGUUUAAGUGCUCAUUUAUUCAGGGAUGGAGUGAUAUAUUUCUGUUUGUAGGCCAAAAAAAACAUAAGAAAGGGUCAAGAGAUUUUGUUCCAUACAACAAGGUUUCGUUAUAUCGAGAUAUUUUACCAGUAUACAAUGGGGCAAAGAGUAUUGUUCAUCACCCUGAAGACUUCGUUUUAUGAGGCUCGAAUAAAUAAAGGUCAAUACACUGUACUGUUACGAAAUCCUACUCGGGAGGUUCCUAAUGUAUUUACAUAUUAACUGCUUCUGGAUUCAUGAUAGUGAGGCAGUUUUUUACUCCUUUUUCUUGUAGUUGAGAUUGUACCCCUUAAUUUCUAUCAAGCUUGAUUACUUUCUUUUUCAUAUAUAUCUGAAUAUCUUUAUUUCGGCCAAUUUCCCUCUCCCUUACUUUUGCACGUAGAUUAUGCGCCAAGCUUCUCUUACAAGAACCUUGCUUUGGCAGUUCAUGCUAUUUUAAUUAGCGAUUCCAGUCAAGUUACAAAAUUCUUAUAAGGCAAACGACACAAGUAGUUCCAUUAUAGGUAGGAAAAUGUACCCCAGUUUAAGUAAAUAUAACGAAGUUUGGUCCAAGAAAAGUAAAUAGUAAUUUCAUAAUAUUUUCUUAUCAAGCACUCCUUGCAGAUGUUUUCCAACACACAUACAUCAUGGUUAUAUCAACCAAUUAAUGAUUUGCCACGUAGCUUGUCACAAAAUUUUCAUAGAAAGGAGGUCAUUUUUCUCAUCACUGACAGUCAGUUUCGGCAGUUAUUGAUGAGUAUAGAUGAUGUUUACUCUUUGCACAAUUCUGCGGCCUAUUAUUUGCAUGUAUUAGCUCGAGACUCUGUGCGAGUAAAUACAGUGAAAAAGAGAGAAGGACUGAAAAUUGCGACACAAUUUUAUCUCGGUAUCUUCGGUAUACUCUUGAAGUCCACUGCAGAUAUUCGUUAUCACCAAUUGAAAUAGAGGCAACGAAUAUUUAUAGCCGCGUGGCUCAAGUUGGUACUUUCUAAGAUGUUCACAAAUUUUACUGACGAUUUGUUAAGAAGUCAGGAGAAUUGUGCGAGUUCGGGUGACUCGUCCUCUUUGAAAACUGGCAAAUUGAUUCUUCUUUCCAGUAUUUUGAUUUGCAGCUUGGUUGGAAAUGUACUUAUCAUAACUUUGGUGCGUUUGCGAGAAGAGCUAAGGAGGACGAUGAACUCAUUUAUAGUUAACAUGGCGGUGUCCGAUCUUAUUAUUCCCAUACUGUUAAUGCCAUUUAGCUUGAGGGGAAUUGCGACCGAUUCUUCAAAUUUCCAGUGGCCUAUCAGGGGAAAGCCUGGUUUAAUCUUUUGCAAGCUCAGUGUUUUCCUGGUAGCUGUCUCGAUAACAGUUUCUGUGCAAAGUCUUCUCUGGAUGUCAGUGGAUCGAUUUAUGGCGGUAGUGAUGCCAUUGAAAGCGCAUCUUAUCUCCUCAAGAUUUCGUGCGUUUGCAAUCACGUCCAUUUGGAUUGUGGCGCUAAUAAUUAAUUCAACAGAUCUGCUCACAACUAAGUUGGUCGAAAAUGAUGGUAAUUUGUACUGCAUGAGAGAAAACAUUACUUCGGCGCUACUUAAAGCCCUCGGCUAUGGGCGUGUUUUCCUUGUAUCGAUCGCUCCUUUUCUAGUAAUAACUAGUCUGUAUUCUGUCAUAGCAGUGAAGUUACGAAGCCAAAACAAAAACCUUCGGUGUACAGCAGCAAAAGAAAACGAUGAAAGGAAAAGGAAUGCCAUUAAGAUGAGCAUAUGCAUCAUAAUCACUUACAAUAUUUGCGUUCUUCCUUACAUGAUAUUCGCAAUGUCUUAUGUAUCAGGGGCAAAAUUGCCCUGUUUGGUAUAUGGCUUGUUUGGCUUUUUUACUGUUCUUGGUAUUUACCUAUCCUCUACUGCGAAUCCUGUUAUUUGCUUUAUAUUUGUUAAAAGCUACAGACGUGGAUUAAGGGGGUUAUUUUCU